AUGGAGAAAAGCUCAAAACUCAGUAUUUUGGCAGACAACACUUUAGCUAGCAUUUACGAGAGAAAUAGAUGUAGAGCUGAAGAUAUAGAGUACCCACAUGAAGAAACACUUGAUAAAAAUAUGGAGAAGUUACGGUUUGGUAUUAAAGAAUUGGAAGAGGAAUUAUCAGCUGCCGAGGAGUCAGGGACUCUGAGUUCAAAGGAACUUAAGGAAAAAGAAGAUACUCUUAUCAAAUUAACCAAACAAAUUGAUAAACUUGAAGCUUUAUUGCAAGAUAAGCCCUCUGCCAGGAAACUACUACUUGGACUUAAUAACAUGGAUGAACCUUCUUCCAAGAAAUCAAAAAAAACUGUAAGAUUUUCUGACCAAGCGGAUGAUUAUGAUAAUGCUGUAGUUAUUCAGUUGCAACAACGAAUGAUACAAAAUCAAGACGAGGAUUUAGAUAGAUUGAGCGCCGCAAUAGGUCGUCAGCAACAAUUGGGAUUAAUGAUUGGUGAAGAAUUGAAUUAUCAGGUAGAGCUAUUAGCGGAAACGGAAGAUAUAGUUGAUAGAACUGAAGGAAGAUUAAAUAAAGCAAAAAGAAAUCUUACCAAAGUAUCAAAAAAAGCAAAGGAAAAGGGAUCUUUUUGGAUAAUUGCUUUGUUGAUUUCAAUAUUAGUUUUAUUAAUCAUAAUUUUAUCGUAA